AUGCCGUCGACCGUGUUUCAGGGCAAGUACGAGGAAGCCGACCCUCUCUAUCUGCGAGCUGUUGAGAUUGGGGAGAAGACUCUAGGCCCUGACCACCCAACUCUUGCCGUGUGGCUGAACAACAAAGCUGCAACCGGAGUUUCUUGUGGUGUUAAAUUGAUAUCGCAGUUGCUGGGCGGGGUUGUUGAGAAAAUGUUUCUCCGCGAUCUCAUUUUCGAUUCUCAAACUGAAAUACGACUUUACCACGCUGCGAUAAAAGAGAAGGUUCUUGGCCCUGACCACCCAAGUCUAGCGACGACGCUCAACAACAGGGCGGGGUUGUUGGAAGCACAGGGGAAGUAUGUCGAAGCAGAGCCACUCUAUGAGCGGUCGCAAGCCAUACGAGAGAAGUCCGUGGGUCCAGAGCACCCUGAUGUGGCCCAGUCGCUCGACAACCGGGCGGCGGGUUUCUUUCACCACACUCGCAUGGCGUUUUCUAACGUGACAUGGACUGUCCGCUUCCGGGGGAAGUAUGCGGAGGCAGACCCUCUUUAUCUACGAGCUAUUGAGAUCGGAGAGAAAAUGCUCGGCCCCGACCACCCAGAUCUCGCAACAAGGCUCAACAACCGGGCGUGGUUGUUACACAGUCAGGGCAAGCACAACGAGGCGAUUCCACGACUAGAGAGGGCAUCCUCCAUCCGAAGAAAGAGGCUGGGGGAGGGUCACCAUUCCACAGCCGACAUUCAGGUCGCGCUAGAGCGUGUUCGAAAACAUGUUCGUGAUUCGUGAAGAGACUAACUAGUCGCGAGGGUACACUGCACCUCGAGGAAGCCUGGCACCCAAGAAAAUGCUUCGUUUCGUGUUGUGACGGGCAGAGUGAGCACCAGAUCGAAGGGCGCUGCCUGUGACAGUGCUCAUUCAAAAACUCGACGAAAAACAGGGGCAAGCUCCUGUGCUACAGGACGUAGAUAUACCAUUGUUUUAUGGUUAUCUGGUAUUGAUUGGUGGUGGUCGCGCUUUGGCUGAUGCUGGUAAAGCAAUUGGUCAUUGGCUCUCCGUUGUAUCUCCAUCGGCCUGUUCUUGAAAUGCGUGGGCGAUGUGUCUCGUAGUCACGAGGUAAAAAUGCUUUGAAUUGAAGCCACAUGUUGACCAUGUAUCCAGAUGCACAUACACCAAAUGAAUCCGAUUCAUGGUAAGAUUUCAUCAUGGAGCGCUCAGUGGCGGCUCAAGUUUCGUAAGCUUGGCGGAGCAGUAAACCACAAGCAAUUUGCGAUAGUCCAAAAAGCGAUGGCGUUGUAUCGCGGCAUAUACUGUUAGAC